GCACAUAUACACACACAUAUGGCGCUGCCCGCUCUCGAGGCCGGGCACGACGCGUGCCGCCGCAUGUUUCGCGCCUUGAGCGCCGGCGAGGACCUGUCGCAGAUCGUCCAGGACUUCAUCGAGGCUGAGGGCAACCUCCAGGUCCACCUUGCAGAGCUCCACGAGGCCAUGCCAGGCGAGGUGCCGCCGCACCGACGCGCCGCCGCUGCGGCCGCGGAGCUAACCGCCGACCUGCAACGUGCCGAGCUGGCGCUGCUCGCGGCGGAGGCGCUGGCUGAUGCGGAGCUGCGCCGGCCGUCGGCGGAGGUGCCGGCCGCCGCGGUGUUGAACCUGGCGUCUCAUCUCGGACCGUCCGCCGCGCCGCCUCGUUCUCAGCACGCCUUCACUGCGGCCGCGGCGGAGGGCUUCCGGCACGGCUGGGGACUGCCCGCGCCACCGCAACACCUUCGCUCUAUGCGAGACGGACAGACAGGCUAGAGCAGGGUUGUCUCAGUGCGCCUUUCACUGUCCGCUACGGUCGGCCACCUAGUUCUACUGCUCUCCGCCUUCUAUCGCCCCCCUACCGGAGGAAUCGCCCACAGCCACAGGCUCCCGUCCGCACAGCCGCUCGGGAGAGUCUCGCGUCCGUCCAGCGCGAGGCAGCGCACCUACAUUCGUACUACACUUCGCUCACAACCAUCUGCCUCCGUAGCGGCCGAUUUAGUAUCCAUUUCCCCCACAAACAUACGAUACGAUAC